CACCGCCCAUUGUGAAUAUUACAAUGAGAAGCGUAUAAGUGGAAAGGUUCGUCGUAGUUUUACCAUUAAAAGGCAAGACCUAACUACAGACGAAUUACCGAACAGCAGCCAUCAGGAGAACAUGAAGAUGAACCUGAAAAUAGUGUGUACCGCUUUGGUAUUUGCUGCGGUCCUUAUCCUGUCCCACGCCAGCCAAUCACAGCCAAGCACGCGCGCUCUCAGUCGCCUGCUCGGUCAACAGCCACUGUUGUUUGGAAGAAGAGGCAUGAAUCCAAAUAUGAACAGUUUAUUUUUCGGAAAACGAUCUAUGUACAACAGUCCAACGAACGUGGAAGAUGUACGAGAAGCUCUUGCAUCAAUAUACACCAUUUGUCAAACGGUUAUGCAGACGAAAGCCAACCUUGAGGACAGCGUGGACCCGUGAGAGGAAGGAGAAGAGAAGACUUCAGCAGGACAGAAAUAGAUGGAUAUUUAUAUCGUUAAAUUUUUACAAGCAUAACAUCGAUAUUAAUGUCAUUCUGAUAUAUGAUACUUUAGAGACGUCAUCUUGUCCUCAUGUUUGCUCGCUUAUGAGAUUUUGUAAAUAAAGUUUACGAUAUCAACAAAAAA